UUAGAAUAUAGAGUAUUGGAAAUAGCAAAGGAUGAUGAACAAGAAUGUAAUUUUUGCUUUCUAGAUUUUGACAAUCCAACUAAUUUCAGCCUUAAUACUGCUCCUGCUACUCAUCAAAUGGUGGGUCGUAAUACUCCUGAUGGUUAUGCUGACAUAGUUUUUAUUUGUGGCGAAUAUAAAAAAGAUUAUGAUAAUAAUACUCUUUCAUGA